GCUGGGUCGCAGAAACCAGGCUUUUGCGCUUCGCUUUGCGGGUCCACUGUUGCGGUUUCAUUGAACAAAGCCCCUGCAAAAUCCCUGGGUGAUGAAAUAUUUCCUCUCCGUCAGGUCCCGGACAAGAGACGGCAUUUGCAGAGCCAGAAAAGGAAGUCCUUGCCUUAUAGAGAGCGCUCUCGGUGUGACACAAUGGCUGAUAUAAAGUGUCGGGGGAGCUGAGCCGAAGGCAAAGGAACAAAGGAAGAUCGAGAUUCGGUGACUGUCUCGGACGAAGGAGCAGCGGGAAGUGCCUUGGGGAUGGAUAAAUUUAAGGCUGCGCUUGUUCUGGCUGGGGUAGGGGAUGCUCUCGGUUAUCGCAAUUUCUCCCGAGAAAACAAUGCCUUAGGUGCAAAAAUCCAGCAGGAGCUGAAGGAAAUUGGAGGGCUGGAGAACCUGGUGCUCUCCCCCGACAAGUGGCCAGUGAGUGACAACACGCUCAUGCACAUGGCUACCGCAGAGGCUGUCAUCACAGAUUACUGGUGUUUAGAAGACCUGUACCGGGAGCUGGUAAAACGCUAUGUGGAUGCUGUCGACAAGCUUUCGGGGAGGCGGCCAGACCCCGCUACCAUUGAAGGCUGCAGGGAAUUAAAACCAGACAACUACCUUCUCGCCUGGCACACACCAUUCAAUGAAAAGGGUUCUGGAUUUGGAGCAUCCACAAAAGCCAUGUGUUUAGGGAUGCGAUACUGGAAGCCGGAAAGGCUGGAGUCACUUAUUGAAGUGAGCAUUGAAUGCGGACGAAUGACUCACAACCAUCCCACAGGCUUUCUAGGGUCCCUAUGCACAGCUCUCUUUGUGGCAUACGCAAUACAAGGGAAACCCCUUGUGCAGUGGGGAAGAGAGAUGAUGAAGGUUGUGCCGAUGGCUGAAGAAUACUGCAAGAAGACCAUUCGCCACAUGGCAGAAUAUCAGGAGCACUGGUUUUACUUCGAAGCGAAGUGGCAGUUUUAUUUGGAGGAGAGAGAAAUCAAUGAGGAAAAUCAGAAUAAACCUGUCUUUCCAGACAACUACGACGCAGAGGAGAGAGAAAAGACUAUUAAAGCAGAGUUCUAUUCUGAGAAGUCGCUUUGUAUAUAUUUAGGUGCUCAUCUACACAGUGAAAAGCGCCAGUGGAAGGCGCAUCUCUCUGCAGGCACACCAGUGGCAGGAGAUGUGAAAGUGAAGCUCUCAAAUGUGGCUUGGAUUGAUAGAAGAGAAAGCGCAGCUACUGGGUCUAUCGCUGGCUGCCUGUACGGCUUGGUUUACGGCCUGAGCAAGGUCCCCAAAGGCUUGUACCAGGAUCUGGAACAACGGGAGAGGCUCGAAUACUUGGGGGAAAAUCUUUACCGACUAUCCAUGGAGGAAAAGUAA